CCCUCCAUAGACCACGUCCUGUACUGGCUACAGGGAGUCCCAGAGGCCAAUUUCUCUAGCAUGGUCCAGGAGGAGAACAACACCUUCGGCAGCCUCCCACUCCUGGUCGCCAUGCAGGCGGCCAGCGUGGUCCAAGAUCUGAAGAAGGCAGUGGUGCUGCAGCCAGAGGGUGUGAGGACCUUGGCCAGUGGCUUCCCGGGCUCUGAGGCAGCUUCCCGCUGGAGACAGGCACUGGAGCAGCUGGAAGAGCACAGCCGCCCCUACCUGCGGGACGUGCAGCGAUACGAGACUUACAGGUGGAUCGUAGGCUGCGUGCUGUGCUCCACAGCCCUCCUCGUGGUGAUCUGCAACCUGCUGGGCCUCUGCCUGGGCAUCCUAGGGCUGUCUGCCAGGGAGGACCCCAGCCACUGGGAGGCCAAAGGCGAGGCUGGAGCCCGCUUCCUCAUGGUGGGUGUGGGCUUCAGCUUCCUCUUUGCUGCCCCCCUCAUCCUCCUCGUCUUUGCCACCUUCCUGGUGGGCGGUAACAUGCAGACGCUGGUGUGCCGGAGCUGGGAGAGCGGGGAGCUCUAUGAGUUCGCAGACACCCCAGGGAACCUGCCCCACUCCAUGAACCUGUCCCACCUCCUCGGCCUGAGGAAGAACAUCAGCAUCCUCCUGGCCUAUCACCACCCUCCAUGUUUGUCUCUCCACUCCAGGCAGUGCAAGAAAGGGGCUGCACUCUGGAAGGUCCUGCAGCUCAAUGACUCCUAUGACCUGGACAAGCACCUGGACAUCAGCCAGUAUACCAAGAAGCUGCAGUGGGACCUGCAGAGCUUCCAAGUGGACAUGAAGGACCCAGACCUGCUGAGCCCAGAGGCCCGCCGGGACCUGGAGGCACUGCAGACAAGUGGGGUGGAGAGCAUCCCCUAUCGCGACUUCCUUGUUCAGAUCCAGAAGCCCGUGGUGAAGAUAGAUGUGGAGCAGCUGGCCCAGGACCUGGCAGGACUGGCCCAGGCCCAGGGCAAUUCUUUGCUGGGGCAACAGCUACAGGAAGAGGCCAGAGGGCUCAGAAACCUCUCCCAGGAGCAGGUCAUGCCCCAGCAGAACCUGGUGGCCAAGCUCAACCUCAGCGUCAGAGCCCUGGAGUUCUCUGCUCCAAACCUCCAGAGGGAGACCUCAGCUAUCCUAGGCAAUGUCACCUACCUAAAAGCAGAGCUGCCGCCAUUGACCAACCGCAUCCUGCAGAAUGCAAGUGAGUGUUUCUUGGCCCGGGAGAUAGGCUACUUCUCUCAGUAUGUGGCCUGGGUGAAAGAGGAGGUGACCCAGCACAUCGCCACCUGCCAGCCUUUCUCUGGAGCCCUGGACAAUGGCCGUGCAAUCCUGUGUGACAUGAUGGCUGACCCCUGGAAUGCCUUCUGGUUCUGCCUGGGCUGGUGCACCUUCUUCCUCAUCCCCAGCAUCAUCUUUGCUGUCAAAACCUCCAAGUACUUCCGCCCUAUCCGGAAACGCCUCAGCUCCACCAGCUCUGAGGAGACUCAGCUCUUCCACAUCCCCCGGGUGACCUCCCUGAAGCUGUAGGAUCCAUGGCAAGGCAAGGUGAUCCCUGGGGCUGCCUUUCUCCUCCACUCAGCUGGGACCAGAGAAGACUUCAGAAACCUUGUCACAGAGCCCAAGCUGGGGCAACACCUGGACUGUCACUCAGUCCAACUGAUCCACCCUUGCUUGUUCCCUUUCCACCUUCUUGCUCCUAACCCCUUCAUUCAUUCACACUUCUGAGCUGCAGGUCAACGGUUGCUCUUGGGGCCCUGCCCUCACCCUCUUGGCUGCCCUGUACUGGCCCCAAGAAGGGCCUGUUCUCUCCCUGCCAGGACCCCUUCUGCAACCCCUUGCUCUGCUCCCCUCUAAGCUCUGUGCACCUUGUCCCCAUUUGGCCUCUUUCCUUCCUCCCUCCAAGGAAGUUCUUGCUUCCUGUCUUCUCUUUUUACCUCACCCCCACUGCUACCUUGCUGCUACUCCAGGGACCCCUCCUGCCCAAUCAGCUCAUCAGAUGAACCCACCAAGCAGGCCUGGGCCUGGACUGGGCUGGAUUCUGACUGCCUCGUGGCCCCAAGUCCUCCACUGCCCCAGGGCUUGGGACCCCUGCAGGCACCAUCCUGGGCUUUCUGGCCCUCAGUGGGGAGGAGGAGACUGUCUGAGGGCUGAGGCCCCUGCUUACACCAAAAGUCACAAAUAGUAAUGCUGUCCCCAGGUCCUCUCUGGACACCAUUCCUGAGGAGGGACUGGAACCUGAGCUACACUGGGAUUGCACCCUGGGCUCCUCAGAAGGCUCCUUGCCUCCCUAAGCUUUGGGGUCCUUGAAGCCAGGUCACCAGGAUUAGGGCUCUGUACAUAGUUGGUGUUUAGUGCAUGUUGGUGCAGGUGUCCAGGGGCUCCUCCAGAUACCUGCAGAUGGGAGCAGCACCCGUCUGGGAGGUUCCUGACGGGAGCGGGCAGACCUGGGUUCACAGCCUGCCUCUGAAGCUGCUAGCUGGAUGCCUUGAACCUGUUACCCAGGUCCCCUAAACCCAGCCUCUCCUUUUAUAAGAGAAUAACUAGAACCCCAAUGUUGGGCUGUGAAAAUUAAAUAUAACAAGUGAGAAGCCUUUGGCAGGGAACAAGGGUGCCAUAAGUAAAUGGGAGCUGCUAUUUUGUGCCAUGCCUGCAACCAGCCAAGGCAGAGCCAGGGUCCACGCAGAUGCAAGGGAAAGGGGAGGUUGCCCUGUUCAAAGGCCAAAGCCUUGAUGAUGGUCACUUUGAAGAGGGUGCAGGUUGAGGGAGCCUUGUUAUAAACCAGCAACACAUCUGCUGCUGGGAAUUAGGAUGGUAAGCUCAGGAUAUGUCCUCACUAUUGCCAGCACAUUCUCAUACAGGUACCCUUGAAAGUCACACAGGAGCCUCUUUUUGGUUUUACCCAGAGUUUGGUUUUUUUUGGUUUUGCUUGUUACUCAUCUAUCAGCUUGGGAAGAGGUGGUAGCACCCUGUAUACUAAAAUGCAUUUGGUGAGAUGCAAACACA